AUGGGCGAGUUCCACAACGCUGAACCCCACGUCCACUUCCACUUCCCUCCCCUCCGUAGGGUGGUUGUGCCAGCUUCCAUGGAGGCGCGCAAAGGCCAGCCGGCCAAGGUCGUUGCCGGUGUCCGACUGCCCGGGUUCAAUUCGCACAGCUUGAGCUCCAAGGAGGCCUACCUGAACGCCGCGGCAGCGAUCGGCCAGACGCCCGAGGAGGUGGAUCUCUUCAUCAAGCGCCUCGACAAGGUUCUCACUGAUUUCAAGCGCGGGGAUCGGAGCAGGAGUGGCACAGGGGAACCCACGACUUGA